CCACCACCACCAGCUCCGCCAGCUCCCAACAAUAAGUUCGCUAAUUCUCCAACAGCUAUCUGGAUAUCGAUAAUGGAGCUUUGCAACUGGCCUAGCGCGAGUCACACGGCAGCCACCGAGCCCAGCGCUGCACUGCUGCAUUCUCGCCCGUUUCAAAAUUCAACGCGAUAACUAGAGUGCCGUACCUACCGUACCUCUACCUGUUCCAACACUCCAAUUCCCCCGGGCCCGUAGAAAGCUCCCCACUGUCCACAUCGCCUCACCCCCUCCCCUCCAACCCGCCCUCUCCAGCCGCCCGCCCAACAUCAACUACAACAACAAAGCACAAUGACCCUCCCCACGACGCCGCACCUCCGUCUCUCGCGCAGCCUCCGCCAGCUGCACCCAGAGAGCGUGACCUACCUGCCGCCGGCGCCGUUCGAGGUGUUCCAGCAGAUCCCCGCCGACCACGAGCGUCCAGAGUCAUGGACGCUGCUUGGGACGUAUAAGAUCGCUGCACAGUGCGGAUGGCUCUCACACUCCAGGAUCGAUGACGACGGCGCGAAUAUCUUCCUGGUCGGUACCGAGACGUCGUCUACUGCGCUGGAACGGGUCGGGAGGGCGGGGGAAGGGCUGGGAGAGCAGCAGGAGCAGCAGGAGCAGCAGAACGAGCAGCCACAACACGAGCAACCUCAGCACGACCAAGCCCGUCUACAAACCCCCGAGGCCGAGAAGCCGGACCCGUUCGCCGCCGCUGCGGCCUCAGAGCGCCCCCCUUUGCCGCCUGCGGUAGAUAGCGUCCCGGUACAGCUCCCGCCCACACCUCCCCCGGCGGACGACGACCUAACAAUCUCGUACACGCACGUGCCACUGACCGAGCAAGCGAUCAAAUCUCUCGACGCGGACCGCCGACCCUCCCCGGCCGCCAUCAAACUGGAGACCUCGGCCGUCUCGAUCCCGCAGAACAAGAACAAGAACAAGCAAGAGAAUGAGAGGGAAUACGAUCCCGAGAUGCCGACGGCAGGCUCCUACGCCGACCUGUGCGUCUCCAUGAGCGAGAGCCAGUACUCGAAUAUUUCCGCCAAUGACGGGAAGAGCGACGAUGAGAGUGAUCGGUGGAGCGAGAUCUCGACCGGCCCGGUGGAUCGGCAGUGGACGGUUGUCUUCGAGGAGAAGGAUGAGAUGGUUUGAUUUGGAAAAAUGGUUGCUGCGAGUUCGUUCUUUACCUAUCUUAUCUUAUCUUGGUUUGCGUUGCUUUUUGGCCCUUUUUGUCGCGGAGUCUCCUGUAAUGUGUUUUGCCAUUUCAAAGGUUGGUGAGUUAGUCGGUCGGUUGAGGUUGGGAAUGGGUCCUGGGGGGUGGGAGUACACGGUUAUUAUUAUUAUCAUGAUCAUGACUUGACGAUUCGGUAUACCUCUCGCUCUGUUGUGGUUCGCUAUUCCUUACCUAUCAUACAUAGGGACGAUGGGGG